GAGACAAACUCUUUGCUUUUGGUCCUCAUUUUUGUGGGUUUCAUACCUACCUGAGAAGUUUUGUACCAUAGACCAAGAGAUUAUUAUAAUGUUGUCCUUGCGACGUGUUCACGCCACAUUGGUGCUGCUGUGAGCCAACAAACAAGUAGUUAUAGCGGACAACGAUCACAAAAUGUCCAGUCUGGGCCCAACAUGCAGCCCUCCUCUGCAGUGACUGAUAUUGUCACGAUUCCCUAAACACCAACACAACUUGUUGUAAUGUUUGAGAAAAUAAAAUUCCCAAUUUGAUUAUAACUUCAUCUCACUUCAUAUUGGCCAUUCUCCUUAAAAAAAAAUAAGCCAUUCAUAGCUAUGAGAACUAUCUUAGCUGUGCCCAUAAUUUAUACAAUACAAUACAAUACAAUUUUAUACAAUACAAUUUUAUUUAGGUAAGGUACAUACAUACAAUAAAUUUUUACAAGGAUUGGUAGACUUAUAGGUAGAGCUAGUACAUACAAUGCCUAAAGCCACUAUUACGCAAAGCGUUUCGGGCAUAUGUUAUGUUAAGUCCCCAUGAUGUAGUGGUUAAGACACUCACCUGGCGUUUCGUGAGCGCUUUGUCCUGGGUUCGUAUCCUGGCCGGGGAGGAUUUACUGGACGUCUAUCUUUAACUGUAGCCUGUUUACCCAACAGUAAAGUGGGUACCUGGUUGUUUAAUGAUUUGACAGGUCAUAUUCUGGGGAACGUAGGAUUAAGGACUUGCCUGAAACGCUACAUGUACUAGUGGCUGUACAAGAAUGAAAGAACUCUUGUAUAUAUAAUAAAUAAAUAAAUAAAAAAUAAAAUAAUUGGCUUUGUUCUCUUGUGACAUAUAAACUUUUAUUUGUUACCAGUUUGAGGCCUGCUUCUAUGGGGUGCAUACAGCCCUCAAUUCAACAUCAACAACAAUACAAAUUAGACAAGAAAAUGCAAAACGGCAAUAUGGCACCAAUGAACCAUUCUGGUACACACACAUCCACAGUCAUGGCCGGCGAAGGGCUGCUCUCCCUCCGUUGGAAUAAUCAUCGCACUUCAUUUUUGCAAGUUUUAUCUUCAAUGAGAGACAAGAAAACCUACAGUGACAUCACAAUUGCUUGUGCUGGCAAAUUCUACAGUGUGCAUAAAUUUGUCCUUUCAACAUGCAGUGAUUACUUUGUUGAUAUAAUAGAGAAGACACCAUGUAAGCACCCAAUCAUUGUGCUUAAAGACAUUCGUCACCAAGACUUAGAAGCAUUGUUAAAUUAUAUGUACUUAGGUGAAGUAAAUGUACUACAGAAUGAGCUGGCAGGGCUGAUUAAAGCUGCAGAAUGUUUAAGAAUUAAAGGUUUAGCUGUUCCCGAUGAGUCUCCACCUCCUCAUCCUGGAGAGAACACACACAAACCUGUCAAGAGCUGGGAGGAAGGAAGUCCACACGCAAAGAGAAGAAGACACGAAGAUGAGUCCACAAACAGUAAUUCAAGUCCACCCAGAAAAAAGAGCAACUCUCGACUUGAGAUCGAAGGGAUUGUUGAAACUGCUGUAUCUGAAGACCAUUCUGAGAAGAGUGAAAAUAAUACGAGGGAAAAUGUAAUAGCAAGUGUCCAGCAAGCUCAAGAACAACCAAAUAAUACAAGUGAAAAUCCUGGGGAAAGUUCUCUACCCGUUUCUUGCAAUGAUCAUCAGGAAACUCAUGAUGUGGAAAACCCUAUAAUAAAGGUAGAGGAAGAGGAUGUUAAAUAUGAAGAUGAGGAGGAUAUGCAUCUACCCGACACAUGCAAUGCUUUAGAAGUCCAAAUGGUCGAGUCCGAUGGUUCAUCACAAGGUACAAUAAGAAACAACGAAACGAGGCUGAAGUACGAGUCCUCUUUACCCGAUGGUACCGGGGGCGCUCCUCUUCUUCCAUCUAUUACUCAGCAAUAUUCUACUCACCCACAGUCAUUUGAAGAGAUUGUCUCACAGGCAUUACCAGGGCCUUCAGGAAUACAAGGGGAUGCGGGUCAGAGUUGGGAUGGUAACCGAAGAGAAGGAGACAUGACUUCUUUUCAUCUCCAAGGCUUUUCACAGCAAGAUCGCCUCAACCCCCAUCAUCGUAGUCUCCAGCAAGUGGCUGCGAGCAGCCACGUCCAACAGCCUGGUUGACUAGUCUAGCAACGAGGAGGCCUGGUCGACGACCGGGCCGCGAGGACGCUAAGACCCAAAAUUACCUCAAGGUAACCUCAAGGUAAGGUAACAAAAGGAGUGAACAAUUUAUUUAUUAAAUAAAUCCAUGUAUUUUAAAGCAACUGUGGUCCAGCAAUUGUGCUAGGCAAGAGUGCCUUGAUCUAAAACCAUGUUGACUAAGGUUAUGUAGAUACUGUGAUUCCAUGUGUUUUGUGAUCUUACUGCUUAUCACUCUUUCAAGAUUUUUAUGAUGUGUGAUGUUAGUGUUUAUAGUUUUUGCCUUUGUUUUUCUCCUUUAUGAAGUGGUGCUAUUUCUGCUGUUUUUAGUAUGUCAGGGAUAGCACUAGCAUCUAAGUUUUGUCUCCAAAAAAUGUUUAGGGCCUGUGAUACAGUAGUGGUUUUUUACAGUUCUUGGUGAGUAUGGAGUUCCAGGAAUCAGGGCCUGGUGAAGAGUGCAUAGGCAUAUUAUCAAUGGCUGCUUCACAUUCAAGUGGAGUUAGGUUGACAUCUGAUAUAUGAUUUGAUGUUGGUAUCACAUUAAUGAAGAAUUCAUAUUGGUUAUCAAUCUUCAGUGUGUUUAAUGGCUCACUGAAAACGGAAUUGUACUGUUGCCUUAGUAUUUCACUUAUUUCUUUGUUGUCAUCUGUAAAAAGUUCAAUCUUUCUUGCAGGAGCCCAAUACUGGAUGUAGUUUUUGUUCUAUAUUUUGCAUAGGAGAAAAUGUAUUUAGGAUUUCUCUCUAUUUUGUUGAUAGCCUUUUGUUCUCUUUGUCUCUCCUGGAUUUUAUAUGAUUCUUGUAGCUUUAGUUCAGUUGUUUCUGUUUCUCUACAUAGCCUUCUUUGUCAUUCUUGAGAUAGACAUGUGAAUGCCUCACCCUAUGUUUAUAAGCCAUUUUGGCCUCUUGACAAGUUGUUUGUGUUUCUUUCCUCCUAUUGGCUUACAGUUGUCUCUUUGGUCUGGGAUAAUUUUCUUAAUGUGUUUUUUUUGUUGGCUCUCACCCUCCAACUGAGAGGUUUGGGAUGCUUCAUGCUUUUCUCCAGAGGCAAGGGUUCUGUUCCUUGAGUCCUGGUGGGCAGUUUGUCUGUAGCCUUCUUUUCUGCUGAGGAAUGAGUUGGCUUCUUCCAGUGGGGUUGUUUGGUUGGUCUAGCUGGGGAUGGAUUCUUUGCCAUAUCUGGCGGCAGUGUGUUGUUGCUACCUGUGUGCCACCAGUUCCGCUGCAGUAGAUGUUUUAUUGGUUGAUUCCUAUUUCUGUAGCCCCUUGGUCCAAAGUUCUUAUUUCUCAGGUUGACAGCAGUGUCAUCAAAGCUAGCCAACCUGUAGACUACCUUCAGGUCCAUGACGUUUGUAAAUUCAAAGCUUUGGCUGCUGUCUUUUUCAGUACAGUAUGUCGUGGAAUGAUAUUCAGGCUCAGGAGUUUUGGAGGUCUAACAGGGUCUUGGUGGCAAGACAUUUGGUUAGUGUUCCUGGGCCCAGUCGAUCUUGUUGCACUGGGCCAGGUUUCCCAGCCCACUGUCUCUUCAUUUUCUAUGAGCCUUGCAGUUGUCUGUUUGGCUUCUCUGACUUUCUGGAUGCUUUCCCAGUGAGGAUGAUAUAAUAAUCCCUUGCUCCUCGUGCCUCUGUAAGGAGGUCAGGUUUUGGCUAUGGUCCCCUGGUAGGCCAGAGAGGAUUCCUGUAACUGAUCUGGCCCAGUAGUGUGAAGCCAUCUUGACGAGAUAGCUUUGGGGGGGGGGGAGGGGGGCACUAAGGAGCUCCCUCAGAAAAUGUAAAUUCUUACAAGAAUUUAUACCAUAAAAGUUCCCCAAUUUUCUCCAGUAUGGAAGAUCUGCCAUCUGAAAUUUAAACAAAAUUAGACACAUUUAUAUUUUUGUGGUCCAAAAUAAGUCACUUUCAUGUUUUUUCACUUGCUAAUCACAACAAUUUUUGGAGAUCUUGUCGUCCUUCCAUUAAUUAUAGAGCACCACAGCAAAACUGUUAUGGUAAGUUUUCUGGUGUGUUAUCUCACUUAAAUGUUAUUAAAAAUGCCCAAAACAGCCAGACUUACCAUAGCAGAUGGUUGAAUGAAAAGACAUUUCACACACACACACACAGUUCAAGUUAGAUGACAUUCUCCAGUCAGUGGAUCGUGACCAAUUCUGGACCUCAACUGGUCUGGUAAGAUAACUAAUGUUUGCAGGUGCAGCAUAGAGCAUACUGUAGCAAGCACUGACAAACACAUCGUGCUCGUGACAUUUUUGGAAUAACAAGAAAAGGUGAAAGAAAACUAAACAGUUUUGUUAUAUUACUAGCUAUAUUGAGAGCCACUUCUGUGUUUUUAUUAAAAAAGAUAAAUAUAAUUACUCUUCUGCUAUUGGAAUAUCUGAACAUGUAUAUAGACUAGCUGUUGCAGUAUUGAUAACUUAUUAAGUGAUAUUUUUAUGACUCAAAUGUGUUCUAAAGAUAUUACUUUACAUGAUCUGUAUGACUGCCCCUUUGAAUCAUAUACAAGGAUUGCAUACAUAUGUAGUUCAGUACUGUAGUAUACGGUAAUUGAGGGUACAGUAUUGCAACAUGUGGCUGGCAGACAGUAUUAUAUCAAGUUCUUUUCAAUCAUAAUGAUAUGUAGUAAACAAUGGAUGUUACUAAGAAACACAUUGUAACUGUAUUAUUCCUAACAUUUUAAGAUGAUUUGGUAAUAUUUGUCAAUGGAUGUGGUCUUCAAGCAGUUACUGUAUUUGGUUUUUCAACAAUAAUGUCCAGUUUACAUGUCUAGGCUCAUGGAUAGCAAGUCUACAAAAGUUGUUAAGAUUGCAGGAAAUGCAUGAAUGGUUAACAUAAAUGUGUGUCUUCUUAAAGAGUUGGAAAUAAUUUAUUCAUAAUAAAUAGAUUCAUUUUGUUUCUGA